UUUCCAUUUUUUUUAACAAGCAGAUGAUAGCGACAGCAAGAGGCUACAGGACUUUCACCCCAAAAUGGCAGCGCUGCUGCUGGGCGCUGGUGUUGUUUCGCUUUUGAUUGGCGGGGACGGCAGCAACCGGAUGUGACCUUUUAUUUUUUGUUAUUGUUGAUGUUUGGUGCAUUAAACUGGAGCGAAAGAAGCCGAUUGAGAUCAAGAAAGCUUGCGGAUGAACAGCGUGUAGAGUUACUGAAACAUCGGAGCCGCUGUUGUGUUUUAUCUUUAUAUUUUAUUGUUAUGAUGAGGGCUGUUUGUGUGUGUUCGUUGUUCGCGCUGUGUGUGUUUUGUUUGUGUCUGGCGUAUAAACCUGUGAUCAUCGUCCACGGGCUCUUCGACAGCUCGUCUGAUUUUAACAACCUUCUGCGAUUCAUUAAUCUGUCUCAUCCAGGUACUAACGUGACUGUCAUAGACCUGUUUGAUGGCAGUGCCAGCCUGGAGCCGCUCUGGAAACAGGUGCAGGGUUUUACUGAGGCCAUAUAUCCCAUCAUGCAAAACGCCGCCGAUGGCGUCCACCUCAUCUGCUACUCACAAGGUGGUCUGGUGUGUCGAGGGAUUCUGUCCAUACUUCCAGAUCAUAAUGUGCACUCUUUCAUAUCACUAUCUUCACCUCAGGCAGGCCAGUAUGGAGACACAGACUAUCUGAAGUACCUCUUCCCACAGUUUGUCAAAUCCAAUCUGUAUCACUUCUGCUACACUUCAGUGGGCCAGAUAAUAUCCAUCUGUAACUACUGGAAUGACCCUCAUCACAGGGAUUUGUACAUUAACAGCAGUGACUAUCUGGCUGUACUGAACAGUGAGAGAUCAAACCCUAACUCUACCGCCUGGAAACAAAACUUCCUGCGAAUGAAGAAGUUGAUCUUGAUCGGAGGACCAGAUGAUGGAGUCAUUACACCAUGGCAGUCCAGUCAGUUUGGUUUCUAUGAUGAAAAUGAAACGGUUGUUGAGAUGAAAAACCAGAAAGUGUUUCUGAUGGACACGUUUGGAUUAAAGACGCUGUACGCUCGAGGAGAUCUGGCUCUGUGUUCAGUUCCUGGUGUCGCUCAUGUCUAUUGGCACUCCAAUGAGACCGUAUACAAAACCUGCAUUGAGAAAUGGCUGACAUAAACAACAGUUCACAUCAUUGACCGACCGACCGUAUUAGUGCUCAGUUAAUACCUCUACCUCUACUGAGACAUGAUGGCAUGAUAUUACAUACAGUACACUACAGAGAGAUAGAUCUUACCAUCAGUGCCUGAAAGAUCAUUCAUCAAGAGUUUCUUAACCAUGAUUUUAUUUUUUUUAAUGUCGGUUUUUAUUUUUGCUUGUAGCUAUGUGAACGGUACCACUACAACAGGGGUGUCCACUCCUGCUCCUGGAGGGCCGGUGUCUCUGCAGAGUUUUAUUCCAACCCUAAUCAAACACACCUGAUCCAGCUAAUCAAGGUCUUACUAAUCAGACUAGAUACUUUGAGGCAGGUGUGUUGAGGGAAGUUUUAGCUAAACUCUGCAGGACACAGGACCGACUUUGGACACCCCUGCACUACAGUAACAUUCAUGCCUUACAUACUGAUAUUUGAGACAGAUUGAUGAGGUUUUUAAAGGGAUCGUAAAAGAGGGAAAGAUGGAAAGGGAAUUAAAUUCAUGGAAGUGCUAUAUUAGCGUUCACUCUGUGCAAUGUUUCCAUACAACUUAGCUUGUCUUUAGUUGAUAAAAUCAUAAAGGGAAUCGAUCGGUUUAGUUGUUUUUUACAGAUGUUUUGUACUCGUAGAAACCUGUGGGCUUUACAGGAGGGAUUUGAGAUUUUUAAGCACAAUAUGAUGAUGCGUUUAUACGUGACGCUAUAAUUCAUCACUCAUGCGAGUUAUUAAGAAAAGUAUUGUACAAAACAUUUCCUUAUAUUUAUUAAUAUAACAGCAGUGUUAUGUAUUUUAAUAUGUUUUAAACGGUUUACUAUUGGAUGUUAAAUGGACAAUUUUACAUGGAUGAAGUUUACUGUACAUCUAUUUUAAUGCACCACGAAUCCUCUUCAGAUAUUAAGCUGUCUACCGAUGUGCUGUACUGUUUUUAAAUAAUGUUAAUGUUAUUAAAUGUAGAUGCUUGCUUGUGUUUCUAACUGCACAAUGUCUCUUUUUGAAUGUGAUUCAUGCCGUCUUUUGUCUCAUUAAACCUUUCAGAAGAUUUCA